CAGUUUGGAAUGAUCUCCAAAAAAUGGCCGACUCUGAGGAACGUGAUGACGACAGCCAGGGUGCAGACAGUGAUGAUGAGAUUGCUGAGCUCCGCAUACAAGCCUUACUGAGUAAGAAAGUUAAUGAAGCUGAGGUUUCACCUGCCAGGGACCCCCAAGUCAGUAGCAAGAAUGUAAACAAGCCCCUUCCUAUUGAAAGGCCAAGGGCAUACAGGCCUGCAGAGGACUUUGAGAAGAAUGCCCACAACAACAUAGAAACCAUUCCAGUGGUUGGCUCCCACAACUACAACAGGAACUUCCACAACUUCCACCAAGGCAUGGAUCACGAUAGGCACUUCAACCGUGGGAGGUACUUUCCACCCCGAGGGCAAGGGAAAGGCCGUGGCUGGGGCCGUGGCCGUGGCAGGGGUAGAGGCUACCGGGGCCAUAAUGAGGAUUAUUCGCAGCCUCCUCCAGCCAAACCAAGUGGUGCGCAGCUGGUGCUUCCACAGGACAAAUACUCAAAAAGUGAACCACCUGAACAGCCGAAGACCAAGGAAAAGAUGAGUGCCAGAUGGCGGCGGAUACAAGGAUCGGAUAGUGAGAGUGACAGUGAGGAUAGUGAAUCUGACAGCAGUGACAGUAGUAGUGAUAGCUCAGGUAGUUCUAGUGGCAGUAGUUCUGGUAGUUCAAGUGGUUCUGACUCAGACAGUGAUCCUAGUUCAGUGGACAAGCGGAAAUCAAGCAAAGAUAUGAAGCGUGAAGGGGGUCCUGGUGACCGAAAGGGAGGUCCUUCAGCUCCAGUUAGUAGCCGACAGAGACAGGUUUCAGGCAAACCUAUGUCGGGUAAGUCCUCACCACCACCACCUGGUUCAUCACGGAAUCUUCCUUCCCCUCAGAAGAUGAAUGUCCCAGGUAGGAGAGGUUCAGCUAGUCCUUCUAAUAAGUAUCCUUCAUCUCAUCAUAUGUCACCACAUCAUCUACAGAGAAGGGGAUCCAGGAGUCCUCCCAGUCAUCGCCCCUGGACACCCCCAAGCAGCAGGGGCCGUAGUCCCUUUCACAAACAGAAAGGUAGAACCCCUUCACCAAGGUCCAAAGGCAUGAGAAGUCCUCCACCCAGAGAUGAUACAAGAGUCAUGUCCCCUAGGUUAAGAUCCAAAAGCCCUUCAGGACGUCGACGUUCGAGAAGCCCUCCAUCUUGGAGCAGGACACGCAGUCCUCCACAUGGUGGUACUUCAAAGAGUCCUGUUCAUCGUUUAAGAAGUCCCUUUUCCAGGAGAAACUCUAGAAGUCCACUUCCAAGGCAUCUUUCAAGAAGUCCUCAGAGAAUACCAAAAAGUCCACUGCAGCGUGGGAGAUCCAGAAGCCCAAUGCUGAGAGGGAGAUCUAGAAGUCCUGGGCCACAUAGAAUAUCAAGGAGUCCCUUAAGAAGGGGCUCAAGAAGUCCUCUAACAAGGAGGGGUUCAAGGAGUCCCUUGCCUAGGAGAGGAUCAAGAAGUCCAUUGCUAAGGAGAAGCUCAAGGAGUCCUUUACCAAGGAGAAGCCCACUACCUAGAAGAGGUUCAAGAAGUCCAGUGCCAAGAAGAAGUCCACUAGGUCAUAGGGCCACAAGGAGCCCACUUCCUAGAAGAGGGUCUAGGAGCCCUCUACCUCUCAAAUCUUCAAGGAGUCCACUUCCUAGGAGACUCUCAAGAAGCCCUCCUCCCCGGCGAAUUUCAAGAAGCCCUCCACCUCGUAGAAACUCUAGAAGUCCUCUUCCUACUCACUUUUCUAGAACUUCUUUGAGUCGCAGACUAUCCCGAAGUCCACACAAACAGCGUCUGUCGCGGAGCCCACUUCCCCGAAGGCUUUCACAUACUCCACCAACAAGAAGGUUAUCUCGCAGUCCACUGCCUCGUAGAAUUUCUAGAACUCCUCCUAGACGCAUGUCACGUAGUCCUCCACCUAGACGCUUUUCAAGGAGCCCAGUUCACAGAGGUUCAAGGACCCCACAACGUAGGAUUUCAAGGAGCCCAAUUCACCCACAGGGUCCUCUUUCUCGGAGUCCUAGAAGAGGUUCCAGAAGCCCUCAUUUGUUAGGAAGAGGGAAAAUUGUGUCUCCCCAUCGAGGCACAAGAAGUCCUUCUCCUAGGAGACUCCAAAGAAUGUCACCCUCCCAUAGGACUCACAGUCCUGGUCCUCACAGAGUGCACAGAUAUUCCAGGAGUCCAAAUAGGAAAUAUACUUCACAAUCUCCUCCAUAUAAAGGAGCUCAAAGCCCCUCCAGGAGAGGUUUACCAUUAAUGAGAACCCAUAGCAGGUCACCAAGUCCUGGAGUAAAGGGGGAUUGGAGACAUACUGGAAGGAGGUCAAGAAGCCCAGGCUCAUAUAGAAUACCUCACAGCCCAUAUCACAGGAAUGCAGGAAGUUCAUCACCUCAUGAUAGAAUGAGCAACUUAACCUCACCUGUGAGGAAUAGACCACCUCCAGGGGGACCUGAUGCUGGACCAGUGAGAGGCCCAUACCAUAGGCAAAAUUAUACUGAUAGAUUCCCUGGACAGGGAUUGCCUUUAUCAGAAAGGUCAGGAGAAAUCUCACCACAGUACAGUAGUUAUCCCAUGGAAAGACCAGUACAGCCUCCAUUGAAUGGUCAGCAACACUUCAUGAAUUACCGUGAGCUUGGUCCUCCUCCUCAAGCAGGCCCCUCUUGGCCACAUUCUGAUAGGCGAGAUCAACUUCCACCUCAGAGACUACUGCCAGAAAGUGGUUGGAAUGACCAGUACCAACAGCGAGAUCAUCUUCCUUUUACAUCACACCCUGACCAUGAGUUUCCUUCAAAUCGGGGGCAUCUUGAGAUGAUGCAUGGUCGACCAGCACCUGGAAUGAUGGGGCCACAUGGGCGAGGGCAUGGAUCACCUCCACCACACCACUUAAGACCAGUCUCCCCUCAGUCUCAUCUUGGCCGACCACCACAUAUGCCUGAUCAUCAUGGAAGAUAUGGCCAUGACUUACCCCCACUGGAUCUGAAUGAACGCAGGAGGCAAAUGUCACCAGGUCGACAAAGUCACAGGCCAAGGUCACGUUCCAAAUCUCCUUACUCAGGCAGGCCUUACCCUUAUCCCCCAGGUGAGAGAAGUGGGCCUUUGUCACCAAGAGGAAGAGUACCUCCCAUGGCACAGAAUAGACGGGGCCCAAGAACUCCACCAUUGCCAUCUUCCAGAAAAAUGUCUCCUAGGCCAGGGCCUCGAGAGGCAGUGAAAUCACCUAGAGGUGCACAAACUGGUUGGUCACAGGACAAUAAAGGGCCAGCUCAGGGUAGAAGACCUAGUCCAUCUCAGUCCUAUCCACAUGAACGAGGCCCUUAUCACCGUGGGGGCACAGGGCAAUCAUCUGUGAGAAGAAAUGCAACAGGAAACAGUCCUCCACCAGGUGCCAGAGAUCAACCUAGGGGUCAGGAUGAUGAACACAAACCACAGUAUCAUGGAAGAAAUCAUUCACCAACCUAUCAGAAUGACAAGCAAUCUGAAAAUAUUAGGGAAAGGAUUGGUGCAGAGUCAGAUGACAAAAAGCGUAGAUUAGACUCUCCAAGAAGAUCAGAGAACAGACAGAAAUCUCCUUACAGAAACCGAUCUCCAGGGAGAUCACAUGCGUUACGGGGUAGCAGUCAGUCUGGACGUGGGAAAGGACGUGGUACCAAAGGAGGGAGACAUGCCAGUCCAGUUUCAGACCGCAACCGCAGGCAAGGUGGACGCAAGCGUGAUAAUCUCCCAAGUAAACAACGUUCAAGAAGCCCAUCUGGACGUCAGAAGGCACCAGGUUCAUCCUGGGAGAAGAGAGAAGUUAAGAGCUCAGAAAGUUUUGGCAAAGAGGGGGUAGCAUCAGCUCGAAACCAAUCGCCAGAAAGACAUGGUCGAAAUGGAAGUCCUUGGUUGGAGCCAGUGACACCUGAGAAGCAAAGCCAUGGAACACGAGAGCAUUCUUUGACCCCUGGAGAAAAUGCCAGUGAAGACCAGGAAAGGAAAGACCAAUCAACGAAAGCAAAGGUUGCAGAAGAGGGCAGGGAAGACAAAGAAAAACAUCUAGUUGACCAGAAGAACCAUCAAACUGAACCUCCUAACAAGAAACACGAAUCUUCGACAAGGGAUGAAGGUAAACCAUCAGUUGAACAAGAAAAAUUAGAAGCUCGCCGAAAGAAAUUUGAACAGAGUAAACCUGUUGUGCCUCAGGAGCCACGCAAGAUCUUACUAAAAUCCUCAGAGUCAGCAAAGUCUGUUGAAUUAGAAAAUGCUGAUAAGGAGAAAAAAGAUGAAAAGCAGAAAGAUGAACAUGAGGACAAGAAGAAGAAAAAGAAAAAGAAGAAGGCAAAAGAAGAAGAAGAUGACGAUGAUGACGAUGAUAAUGAUGAUGAUGCAUCAGUGAAAAAUAAAUCAAGUAAAAAGAAAAAAAAGGAAAAGAAGAAAAAGAAGAAGAGCAAGAAAAAGAAGAAGAAGCAUAAGCAUUCAGAUAAUGAUAGUGAGGAGGAGGAGGAGGAGAAAGAGACAAGUAAAACCAGAAAUGUAAAAGAAGGGAAAAAGGAAAACAUUGACUCUUCAGACCUACGGCACAUGCUGAAGAGGAAAAUAGAGAGUACCGAGAGUGGGAGAGGCAACAGCAGCAGUGUCAAACAGGACAUGGAUGAAAAAGAUGAGAAACGUGCAAGGAGAGAGAAACAUGAAGACAGGCCAAGGGUUUUGGUGAGGACCAAGAGCAGGCAGUCAGAGAGUACCAGGAAGAAGCAUGAUGGAAAGCCUCUCCUUGUGACAGUAGCAUCUGGUGAAAAUCGCCAUGUCAUGUCUGGCGAUGUUGUGAACAAACGAGAUGAAGGGAAAGGCUCUCAGCGCUUGUCAGUCCACCUCCGUCUAGGCCCAGCGAAGACGUCUUGGGAGGAGGGCAAGUCCAGCAGCGUCCAGGGCAGUGGGAGCAGUGGCGGAGGUGGUGGAGCUAGUGGUGGAGGGGGAGGUGGCGGUGGUGGAGGAGGCAGCGGCGGAGGGAGACACAAAAGACGCGACAAAUCCAAAGGACGGCAGAGUGGAGGAGGAGGUGCAAGCAACAGAGUGAAGCUGAGGCGUUGAUGUGCUCUUUCAGCCUGGAUGCAGUUUCUAGUUUGGCGCGAUGCUAUGAGGCUGCUCCCCCAUGUGCUGGGUGGCUCUCUCACCCACUUCUUCUGUACCUGGAACUUGUCCUUGACUCAGUACUAAGUGUGCCACACCCAGACCAGAGCCACAUGUGUGCGCUUAGGUGGAUAUCUGCCUGUGUGUCUGAAUUUGAGUGUGUGAGUGCUUGUGAAUGUGUUUCUGUUUUGUUUGUAGGUAAGACUAAAUGUAAAUACAUGAGUGAUAUUGUAUCUCUUGUGGUUUCAUUGUUUGAUAAUUACAUGCUAGUGCAGCAUCAUUUCUUUGAAUGUAUCUUUUUUUUUUUUUAAGAGUAGCAAUGAUAGCUUUUCACAACUUUGUGGCACAUGGAGCAAAAAUUCUGUUGUAAAGACAUUUUUGUGAUAACUUAUGGAGAUUUUAAGGCUCCUUGAGAAGAGGAAAAAGGUGUGCGUGUGUGUGUGUGUGCGUGUGCGUGUGCGCGUGCGCGUGUGUUUGCAUGUGUGUAUAUAUGCUACUAGGAUAUUUGAAAUUAUAUGAGUCACAGAGUAGGCUGUAAGAACUUGCCAUAAAAUAGUUUUCAGUUUGAAUUUCAAUGUAUUAUUAUUCAUAUGUAUACCAGGAUCCUUAGCAAAAGAUUUUAAGGUCAGGAUAUAAGCAGUGGCAAAUUUUAUUUUAGUUAAUCAUUACAUAUAAACCUCAAGUAGAGGUUGAUGGUAUUCUUAUGAUUGUAUUGUUAAACUUCAAUACUCUUUUUGCUCAUUUUACUUCAGAAAAUAUUGAUAUUAUUCCUUAAAAAUGAAGUGAUGUUAUGUAUUUUUUUAUGUUUCGUUGAAUAACAUUUCACUAUAUACAAUUUUUUUCCUCUGAAACCUUCAAACCAUCACUCAAUGGACUGAUUUUAAUGCUUCUGUCAUGAAGGUUUAUAUAUAUAUAUAUUGCUUUUUUUUUCCCUUUUUUUUGAAUUGUGGCAAUGUGUGUAGAUUUGAGAAUAAAUGUGCCAUCCAAGGACUAAAUGGUAGAUAAAAAUCUGUACAAAAUAAAUGAAUAUAUGGCACUGUACAUCCUGUUAGUAUCAUGGCAUCAUCAUUGUCCAUAGUUCAUGAGGAACACUUCACCUUUUUAUUGUACAUCUCAUGUUUAGGUAACACUUAUAAAUAGCUGAUAAAAAGAUCAUUCAUCUCAUUUUGGGGGGAUUCAAAGCUAGUACUUUCUUGUGUUGAGACUCGUGUAAGUUUUAUUACCAUUAAUCUUUUAGAAAUUGGAUUACUAUUUUAUGGUUAUUGUUUAUUAUAAUAAUUAUUAUGAAUGAAGUUAUUUUGCCAUGAUUCUCCAUAGACUUUAAAAUUCACUUUGUUCUUUAUACAGGAAACAUUUUAGAGGCAUUUUCAUUUUAUAGGGGUUUCAUCUCUCAUAUUCCAUUUCCAAGGUUUGAAAAACAUUGUAAUUGUAUAAAUAAAUGCCAUAUUUUGAAGAAAA